AUGAAUUUCUGGGGAAAGAGCAGUCGGGCAACGAAAUUUACCAACGUGAAAUGUACUAGUUUCGCCAAAGAAUUUGCCGAUUUCGAAUACUGUUACCUGAAGUCAAUAAAUCGGAGCUACAAAUAUGUUUCCAUAAGGUUAAAUUUGUUCAAAACACCAGUUACUAAAGUGAAGUUCAACGGAGCACUUUAUAAAAGGUACAAUGGCUAUAGACCAUUCAUGUACAACAUCACUGUGGAUGCCUGCAGAUUUCUGAAAGAUCCCACCUCGAACCCUGUCAUAAAUUACUUGUUUGAAUUUAGUCAAGGCUAUUCAAACAUCAAUGGGACAUGUCCCAUCAACCAUGACAUAAUAAUAGACAAGCUUCCGAACGGGUUUGUAUUCAAUCGAAUCACAAAGGUACUGCCUUUUCCCGAGGGCGAUUACAAGUUGGCAACCCACUGGAUUGCCUACGAUACGUACAAAGCUGAGGUUUCAAUUUACGGAAGUCUUACUUAA